AUUCAUACGUACAGUGCGGUUUAAGAUACUUGUGUCAUUAUCUACUUCGUGGACAUGUUUCUGAAAACUUUAUUACUCGUUCUGACAAUAAACUGUUUAUCGGAAUAUUCAUGUGCACAAAGGAAUAAAAAGUUUUUCCGAAAAGACUACAGUUAUUUGGAAGAUACAGAGAGUUUCUAUAAGUUCCACACGUUACUUAAAACCUGGUCUGAAGCUAAGAAAUUGUGCGCGUUGGAAGGCGCCAGUCUGUUUUACCCCCAAAACGAUCAUGAGGCCCACAUUGUGAUUUCCUAUUGGAAUGCUACACAACCGCACCAUGCGAUUUUAUUAGGAAUAUCAGAUUUGAUUGUCAAAGGAGUAUUCGAAACUAUAGACGGGUAUCCUAUAUCUGACGUUUACAACCGGUGGUACCGAGGAGAGCCAAAUGAUGCUGGCGGCGUCGAAGACUGCGUAGUGAUGAUGAAAGACGGCAGAUUAAAUGAUGAUGGUUGCAAUAAAAAGUUCCCCUUUAUGUGCAAGAAAACCCUUCAGUCUCUUGAAUGGAAUCAACAGUGUAAUAUUCCUAAUUUAGAUUAUGUGUUCAACCUGGAGCUUGGCAGAUGCUACAAGUUCCACUCGACGCCAAAGAAUUGGACGGAAGCGUACGCAGCGUGCAGUGCCGAACAAUCGUACCUCGCAGUGAUCAACACACAGGCUGAAGCUGAUUUACUCGUGAGGAUGGCCGAAGCUGCGUCACAGAGGCAAGCCAGAAGAACUGAACUUAUGGGAGUGGUCCAUUUAGGGUUUCAUAAUAGACUUGAUGAAGGCUGGCAAGCUGUCGGAGGGAUAGCGCUUGAGGACACAGGCUACGCCGUCUGGGGGAGCAACCAGCCAGACGGGGGCUCGCGGGAACGCUGCGGCGCGAUGUCUUCCAACGGUCUACUGCACGACAUCAAUUGCAACACGAGAGCAUCCUUCAUCUGCGAACACGAAGUGGACACGCUGUCUUCGCAGCUUGAUGAUCGGUUUAGAGAACUGGCACUUACGAAUGUAGUAAAACAGUGAAAGUGCGUGACAGCUAUUUAAUAUUACUGAUAAGUUUUUUUAUCUUAGACUUGAAGAUCCAAAACCAAUUAAAUAAAAAACGUAUGUUUAGAUUUCAAUAUAAAAUUGCAAUAAACUCUUUAAAUAGAA